CACAAUCGAUGAGUGAAACUUUCACUCAUCGAACAAUUUCUCCAUCAACCCGACACCUAAAUCUUUUCUUCACGAAAUUUUUAAGUUUUCUUUGGUGUUUCUCAGUGAAAACUGUUUAGAUUUUCAGUAUGUAAGACUAUUUUGCCAUUGAACGACAAUUUCCAUUCGCUGCCUUGAAAAAUCAGCUGUUUUACGCCGACGUUAAAGUUACAUAACCUCAAACAAUGUCUUGCCGACUGUUUGUGCGUUUUUGUUCCCGGAAUCUGGGGCAAAAACUCAAUUCCCGGAUGACUAUAUGUUCUCCAGUUUAUCAUGAAUUGUGUCCAGUGGUCACUGGAGCCUUUCUCACGCCACAUCGUAGUGAUUUAUGGAGUAGAAGUGCUACUAGAAACAUCUCCCGGAGCAUCCCUCGACAGAUUAUGCCUUCAGUGUACUCACAAUGUGCCGAAAAAUCACAGAAAAACCUCUCGGAAGAGCCCCAGGAGCCCCCUAAGAAGGAGGGUCUGGUGGCUAGGUUCAAAAAGAUGUACAAGGAGUACUGGUACGUUCUGGUUCCUGUUCACAUUGUCACAUCUGCCGGAUGGUUGGGUGGCUUCUACUAUCUAUCCAAGAGCGGUGUUGAUAUUGCAACAAUACUCGAAUCGUGGCGCUUCAAUGAGACCAUCAUCAGUCACUUGAGGGAUUCGCAUCUGGGACAUCUGGCCAUUGCCUACUUCCUCUACAAGAUCUUCACUCCCCUGCGCUACAUGGUGACGCUGGGCGGGACGACUGUGAGUAUUAAAUAUUUGUCUAAAUGGGGCUAUAUCAAACCCGUACCCAGCAAGAACCAGCUUAUGAAAAUGUAUCAGGACAAGAAGGCAGCCAAGAUUCAGGCCAAGGAGGACAAGCUCAAGUCACAGGAGUGACGUUAAUAAUUGUGUAUAAACAAAAAAAAGAUGGUUUUAUUUAAUAUUCUCUUCCGGUGCUCCAAAUCGGAUGAUAUUCAAUGUUACUGCUUCGAGAAUUCAUCCUUGAGCCAAGCUACUGGGCCCGUUUUUUAUAUCCUGUCGUUAAAGAAUGGAAAUUAAAGGAGAGGAAAAAAAAGGUGGAAUGUUUUUUCUCAAUGGAAAGUUUUAUUGUGUGUUAAAUAUUUGAGUACACAAGUCUAAUUAUAUAUAUAUUAUGCCUAUUUUACGAAUAAUAAUUAUUAAAGCCGAAGUAAUUGAAGGAUAA